GAAAAAGGUUUUCACAAUUAAUGACAUCUGGCUUCUUCCUUUAAUUUCUCCCAUUUUCAUAAACCCUUUCAAUACAUUUCUCCUCUACGUUCGCCGGACAACACAUAGUCAACGACGGCGAUGAAAUCCUUAAAUGAUCGGGUUCUCAAAGUUAUGACACAAGCCCUGUUUUAUAGUUGUCUAAUGAAACACCAUUAUUAUUUUUUCAUAAAUAACCAUUUUGUUAACUUUUGUUUCCCCAUCGGAUUCCGCGAUGAGCUAGCUCUCGGUUUCGCCUUUACAGCACAGCCACACUCCAAAGUGAGUUCUUCAAAAUCCGAAUGGGAACACACUGCUAUUUCGAGGAAAAUGGCUCUGACACUUCCCAUUGACGAGGAUCACCAUGUUUCUGUUGAUAUUAGUGACAGUGCUUUGAUAAUUGAGGACGACAAUUCUCAAGUUAUUUCCACUAAUGUUAGGAAUACUUUGGCUAUUGACAACGAUCUGGGCGUUUCUAUUGAUAUUAUUUGAUGGAUGCUUUUGAAAUUUGCAAGCACUUCAGCAUAUACAAUCGACUCAAAGUAAGGAAGCCCAAUAAAAUUUUCAACAUAUUAUGUCAAUAUAUGACAAGGAUCUUGGCUAUUAAGUUUGUUAUAAUUGUACUCUCUUACCGUACCUUUACUUUGAUCGAUUAGUAUCUCUUAUGUAGUGUGUUACUGUUGUAAUUAAUGUGUAUCUAUUAAUGUUUGAUUUCAAAUAAUAAGCAAGUUUAUUGAUC